GCACCGGGCUACACUGGCCGUAAUACCCUACUUGCCCAUGAUAACCCAUAAUGCAUCAUGCGGCCCGUUGAUAUAACGUGUGGAUACGGUUGGGCGUAAAUACAAUUCGGGCUGGUUUCCCCGGUCUCCAAAGUUUAAUUUAUCUUAACAGAGCGCACUUAGUAAGUCGUUCGUGUGGGUACUGUCUCCGUAGGACACUGAAAUCGGUUGAAAAGUCACAGCCUAGUCUGUUGGGCCGUUGUUUCAAGCAGUUUUUCUGUCUUUUCAAGUUUUUCUGGGUAUGCACACAGCUCACAAGAUCAUGAAGGUUUUCGUAACAAGACGCAUCCCGCAGGAAGGAAUGAAGAUUCUGUCACAGUCUGGAGUGUGUAAGGUGUCAUUGUGGGACUCCGAUGAACCUGUACCAAGGGAGGAGCUUUUGAAAGGUGUUGCAGGGGCCCAUGGGCUGUUGUGUCUCCUGUCAGACAAGAUCGACACUGAGGUUCUGCAUGCGGCAGGUCCAAACCUGAAGGUGAUAAGUACCUUGUCUGUCGGGUUCGACCACAUGGCCAUGGAUGAGAUCAAGAAACGAGGGGUGCGCGUGGGGUACACUCCGGAUGUCCUGACGGACGCGACAGCGGAGCUGACCGUCGCCCUGCUACUGGCCACGGCACGCCGGCUGCCAGAGGGGGUGCUGGAGGUUAAGAAUGGAGGCUGGAGCACCUGGAAACCUCUCUGGCUUUGUGGUUAUGGUCUGUUGGGCAGCACAGUCGGCGUCAUUGGUCUGGGACGCAUAGGUAUGGCCAUAGCCAGGAGAUUGAAACCGUUUGGAGUGAAGAGGCUCCUGUACUCUGGCAGAACAGCUAAAUCAUAUGCUUCUGAUGUGGAGGGGGAGUACGUCCCCUUGGACACCCUGUUGUCGGAGUGUGAUUUUGUUGUGGUGUCCUGCGCCCUAACCCCAGAGACCCAGGGCCUAUGUAACAAGGCUUUCUUCAGCAAGAUGAAGAACAACGCGGUCUUCAUCAACACCAGCAGGGGUGCGGUGGUGAAUCAGGAGGAUCUGUACCAGGCUUUGACCACUGGUCAGAUAGCUUGCGCUGGGCUAGACGUCACAACCCCAGAACCACUACCAACCGACCACCCCUUGCUCACCCUCAAAAACUGUGUGGUCCUGCCCCACAUCGGCAGUGCCACCUACUCCACACGUGGCAUCAUGGCAGAGCUGUCGGCCAACAACCUGCUGGCGGGUCUACAGGGCACCGACAUGCCAAGCGAAUUGAAAUUCUAGUGCUGCUCUACACAACGACUCAACUCAGUUUCUUUAUUCUUAGGAUUUUCUUCUUCACCCAAUCAGUAAUCGUGGGUGGUUUUGUGGAAAGAGAUUAAGCCUAGUCGUUGUCUAAAAAAAGCAAUCUGAACGGAAAAUCUUGAUUGGGCUUGAUUUUGGAGUCUAGGACUAUGCGUAUUGUUUGUAGGCGGAACCGGCCCAUGAUGUUUAUGAAUAACAAGAGGGUUAUUAUGACUUCUGUUUUUGAAGAAGGAAAUUUAGAGAAUUAGCUCUGAGAACAUGCCUUAGCACACUCCAACCACCAUCCUUCGUGUCAACCAUGGCUUCCUCUUAAAAUAUAGAAAAUGCACUACAAUUAGUCUCCACAUACUAAUAAUUGAUUUGUGGCCUUUGUGUUCUUAUGAAUCUGCCAAAUACCCAAUUAGGCAACGAUGUUUCGCAAUCAAUGAUAAAACACUCCAGAUGUUCCCUUUGUCUAACAGUCUGUCAUUCAAGCUUUGUUAUUGAAUUAAACUUUGUUUAAUGUCAA